AUGUUCUGUUGGGGCGCCCUGCAACCCGUCCUGGGCGUGCCGGUAGACCCUCUCUACGUCGUUGGCCGGGACGAAAAGGUCAUGGAGCCAAAGCUCAGCACCGACUUCCCAGAUCCCGCCCUCGUACAGGGCGACAACGGGUUCUGGUACUCCUUCGCGACCAGCAGCAACGGCAACAACAUCCAGGUCGCCAAGGCCUCCCAGAUCUCGGGGCCGUGGGAGCUUCUCGACGACGAUGCCCUCCCGGACGGGGGCUGGACGACGAACUCCAACACGUGGGCGCCGGACGUGAGGAGGCUGGACAACGGAACGUUCAUCAUGUACUACGCGGGCGAGGUCAAGGAGAGCGGCGGGCAACACUGCAUCGGCGUGGCCACGUCGGAUGUCGUCGCCGGCCCCUACCGGCCGACGCGGGAGCCGUGGGUUUGCCCGUCUGCCGAGGGCGGCGCCAUCGACGCGGCGGGGUUCUACGAUGAGUCAACCAAGAAGCGCUACGUGCUGUACAAGGUGGACGGCAACAGAGAGGGCAAUGGCGGCGACUGCAACAAUGGCGUCAAGCCGCUCGUCGACACGCCCAUCAUGCUCCAGGAGGUCGAGGCCGACGGCAUCAGCAAGGUCGGCGACCCCGUGCAAAUCCUCAGCAGGACGGACGCCGACGGCCCGCUCGUCGAGGCGCCGGACCUUGUGCGCACCGAGGACGGGCUGUACAUCCUCUUCUUCAGCAGCUUCUGCUUCAACACGGACAACUACAACGUCAACUACGCGACGAGCAGGACCCUCAAGGGCCCCUACCGGCGGCCGUCGAGGAUGCUGCUCCAGACGGGGGACUUCAACCUCACGGCGCCAGGCGGCGCGACGAGCGUCGCGGGAGGCGGGCAGCUGGUGUUUCACGGCGACUGUUCCGGGACCUCAUUCCAGCGAUGCAUGUACCAGACGACCUACUCGGUUACCGGCAGAGAUAUAAUCAUCAGUUGA